CUCUAACCAUACCCCCACCCACAAAAUCCCAAUACAAAUACCACCGCCCAGCAAAUAGAUAGAUAGCCCGGACCGGAGGGAGGGAAGAGAGAGAGUCCAGCUCCGCUGCCGCACACCAAAAGCUACUCCUCCUUUGGGCACGCGGCCGGCAGGGAGGGGAGAGGGGAGUCGAGGCAGCGGCCGGCGGCUAGCCAGCAUAGGAGCAUAGGUAGUUGGUAGGCAGCUCAGCUUCGCUCAUGCAGCAGGGCGAGUACCGCUCGUCGUCUUCCAGCGAGGGCUCCGCGGGGUCGGCGUCGGCUGCGGCGGCGGCGAUGGCGCCUCUGGCGGCUGCGGUCGCGGCGGUGGCGGCCAAGGAGGAGCACAACGUGACGGUGGCCGUGGCGCCGCCCAUGCCCAUGGCGAUGGCGAUGCCGCUGCAGCAGCAGCAGCCGCGGAAGCAGUACCGCGGCGUGCGCAUGCGCAAGUGGGGCAAGUGGGUGGCGGAGAUCCGCGAGCCGCACAAGCGGACGCGCAUCUGGCUGGGGUCCUACGCCACCCCCGUCGCCGCCGCGCGCGCCUACGACACGGCCGUCUUCUACCUGCGCGGCAGGUCGGCGCGCCUCAACUUCCCCGACGAGAUCUCCGCGCUGGCGCUGUCGUCGCCCGAGGCCGCCGCCGAGGCCGGAGGGGAGGAGCCGGGCGACGGCGGCGGCGCGCUGUCGGCCGCGUCGAUCCGGAAGAAGGCCAUCGAGGUCGGGUCCCGCGUGGACGCGCUCCAGACCGGCAUGACCACCAUGGUCGCCGCGCCCGCGCACCACCGGGAGCGGCAGCGGCUCCACCAACACCACCACCACGCGGAGCCGCACGCUGAGGAGCUGCACCGCCACGUGAAGCAGCAGCGGACGGCGUGGAACGGGCGCGCCAAGAACCCGGAUCUCAACCAGGCGCCGAGCCCGGACACCUCCGACGCCGAGUGAAGCAGCCAAGCAGCGAGAAGAAGCAGCGGCUGCUUCCAGUCAUCCACAACCCGUCGACCAUGCAGCUAGUCUCCGGAGAGCGGCCAGCCGGCGUAUGAUCAAUCAGAUUCAGCACAACCAACUCAAUCGUGUCCACCUGUCCCCCUAGCGAGCUCCGCCGCGUCGGUGAGGGCGGCGAGGUGCCGGUGGUCGGUGGGUCGGUGGCCGGAUUUUUCAAUACGUCGUUCUGGAUAAGAACAAGGGAGGGAGGGGAAGCGGGGGACGCCACAAGUGGCGGUCUUUCCAAAUGUCAAAAAAGACAGCUGUAACAGUUGAUAAAACAAUCGCCACCAUCUUCUUUUUCUUCUCUCUCUCUCUCUGUUAUCGAGUAGAUAAGCAGCGAUUAGCAGUACAAUGUUCUGUUAAUUAAUCCUCCCAGUUGGCCGA